AUGCUGGCCGAGCGCUACCGCGACAAGGGGUACCAUCAGGUCAUUGGGUAUGACCUCAGAAACGAGGUGCGCCCGACGACCAUGACAGGCCCUGGGCCGCGGUGGGGCGAGCGAGAGAGAGGCGCAGGCAAAGGCGCCUGCUGCCAACGAGGUGAGUUUGUUCGAGAUUGGUCACGAGCUGCACGGCGUUGCACACAGGCCCUCCUGAAUGCAGAUGCGCCGGGCUUCGUGGUCGUCGAGCGCAUUGCUUGGCCGCAGAACAGCCUGCAGGACAUGUUGCUGCCGACUCCCCCUUGGGAAGCCUGGGACGUACCCCGGGAUCGCAUCGUCCUGGCGGUACACAUGUAU